UUUAUCGCGCUAUCGCGGCUUUUUGACGUAGAACGUCACCUACUUCCGACCUGCGGUCCGCACGACCUCGCUCGAAUUCAUAUAUCUCUCCUGCCUCGCGAGUGCAGUCUGCUGUAUCCAACUGAAUUGAAAGACCCGGCAAGAAUGGCCCCUCAAUUUUCAUCCGGGCUCAACAUGCCAAACAGGAACUCUUCGGGACUAAAGCCGGGCAAUACUUUCGGACAGAAGCGCAAGAAGAAUAUCUUCGAUGAUGACUCCGGAGACGAAGGCCAGCAAAUCGAUGGCGCGAUCGAGGUCUCUACGAUCGGUGGACUAGAUGCGCCUGCGCCGAAGCUCUCAACGAAUGGAGGACCACCUCCCAAGCGGAAGAUGCAUUUGGGGGUUGGCGGCAAGCCUGGCGCAAAACCGUUGAACAAAAGCUCGAUUUUCGCCAAUGAUGAAGACGAAGAUGAAGAGAAGGAGAAGGAGCGACAGGGAGAAGUGCGCUUCGGCUUAAACCAGACACAAUCGAAGAAGCCAGCGGGCCCUGGACAGGACUUCAAGAACUUGUCUGCGCUACACAGCAGCAGAAAGCACGCAAAAGAAGCCGAGGAGGUCGAUCCAUCUAUCUACUCCUACGAUGCGGUAUACGACAGCCUACACGCCAAGUCCGAAAAAUCUGCGACUGUCAACAAGAGCGAAGGGCCCAAGUACAUGACAAACCUGCUGCGCAGUGCCGAGAUCCGGAAGCGUGAUCAAACGCGAGCGCGCGAUCGCCAGCUGGCGAAAGAACGCGAAGCAGAGGGUGAUGAGUUUGCAGACAAGGAGAGUUUCGUUACAGGUGCGUACAAGGCACAACAGGAGGAGUUGCGGAGGAUGCAAGAAGAGGAGGAACGUCGCGAGAAGGAAGAGGAAGAACGACGCAAGAAAAAUGGUGGGGCUGGUAUGGUCGGUUUCUACCGGGACGUGCUUUCACGCGGCGAAGCCAAACACGAAGAAGCUGUCAAGGCUGCCGAGGAAGCCGCACGCCGUGUCAAGGCUGGCGAGAUCGAUGAGGACACGACGAAAGAUUCCAAAGAAAAGACCGAGGCUCAGAAGGCAGAAGAGCUUAAUGCUCGCGGUGCUCAUAUUGCCAUCAACGACGAGGGUCAGGUAGUCGACAAGCGCCAACUAUUGACUGCCGGAUUGAACGUGGCACCGAAGCCGAAAACCGCCCCAUCUGCCGCUCCAGCGACGGCACCUCGACCUGGUUCUGGACGAUCCGGUGCUGGUGCUGGUUACCAGACUGGCCGUGCCGCCCAGCGAGCGCGCCAGACCGAGAUGAUUGCCCAACAGCUGGAAGACCAAGUCCGGCAAGAAGAGGAGGCUGAGGCCGCAAGACAGAAGGAAAUUGCGGAGAAGACUCGCAGCCGCAAAACAGAGACCGACGUUUCCAGUGCGAAGGAGCGGUACCUGGCAAGAAAGCGGGAGCGGGAGGAGGCUGCCGCGAAGGGGAAAUCUGGGAAGUAGACGCGGGCAGUCUGUGUUUGGACAUAGCGCAGGUUAUUUGCAUUUGACGGCGCGGAAAAAGACUUAUUGGGAUGUAUAUUUAAGAGCGGCGUUACGCUACUUGAUCUUAUUGUCUGUAUACUAUCAAUCGAGAAACGAGUGGAAUACGAGUAUUUAAUUUGAAAAAUGAUGCUAAG